UAAAAAUGGGAAUUAUCUAAAAGGAUUUUAUGUGGGGGUUUUAUGUGGGGGAAAAGUUGCCGAAAAUGAGUCAAGAUGUCUGACAAAAUGUCCAGCUUUCUGUACAUCGGAGACAUCGUCUCCCUCUAUGCCGAGGGCUCGGUCAACGGCUUCAUCAGCACCUUGGGGCUGGUGGAUGACAGAUGCGUGGUUCAACCAGAGGCAGGUGACCUUUGCAAUCCUCCUAAGAAAUUCAGAGAUUGCCUUUUCAAAGUGUGUCCCAUGAACCGAUAUUCUGCACAGAAACAAUACUGGAAAGCCAAGCAAGUGAAACAAGGGAACCACACAGAAGCAGCGCUGCUGAAGAAGCUACAGCAUGCGGCAGAACUGGAACAAAAGCAGAAUGAAUGUGAGAACAGAAAACUACUGGGUGAAAUUGUGAAGUACAGCAAUGUCAUCCAGCUACUUCACAUCAAAAGCAAUAAAUACCUUACGGUCAAUAAGAGGUUACCAGCCCUGUUGGAGAAGAAUGCUAUGCGGGUCUCUUUGGAUGCUGCAGGGAAUGAAGGAUCUUGGUUCUACAUCCAGCCCUUUUGGAAACUGAGGAGCGAAGGUGACAAUAUUGUUGUAGGAGACAAAGUUGUCUUAAUGCCGGUCAAUGCAGGUCAGCCUCUCCAUGCCAGCAACAUAGAACUCCUCGAUAACCCGGGAUGCAAAGAGGUCAAUGCUGUCAAUUGUAAUACUAGCUGGAAAAUAACCUUGUUCAUGAAAUACAGUUGCUACAGAGAAGAUGUGCUCAAAGGCGGAGAUGUUGUCAGAUUGUUCCAUGCUGAACAGGAGAAGUUUCUGACCUGCGAUGAGUAUCAGAAGAAACAACAUAUCUUCCUCCGCACAACAUUGCGUCAGUCAGCCACUUCUGCGACAAGUUCCAAAGCCUUGUGGGAAAUAGAGGUGGUACAUCAUGACCCAUGCCGUGGAGGUGCGGGGCAAUGGAACAGCCUAUUCCGAUUUAAACACCUGGCAACUGGCAACUAUUUGGCUGCAGAGCUUAAUCCACACUAUCCAGAUGGUAGUAAUGGGGAAAAGGCUGUGCAGAGAGACAGCGAACUUCUCACUUCAAAGAAGAAACGGCAGGCAGGGGAAAAGAUUAUGUAUACUUUGGUGUCUGUGCCACAUGGAAAUGACAUUGCCUCUCUUUUUGAACUGGAUGCAACCACUCUUCAGCGAGCUGACUGUUUGGUUCCGAGGAAUUCGUAUGUUCGACUGAGACACCUCUGCACCAACACAUGGGUCACCAGUACCAGUAUCCCAAUAGACAAAGAUGAAGAAAGGCCCGUAAUGUUAAAGAUUGGAACCUGUCAAACAAAAGAAGACAAGGAAGCGUUUGCUAUUGUGUCUGUUCCCCUGUCUGAGGUUAGAGAUUUGGAUUUUGCUAAUGAUGCCAACAAAGUUUUAGCAUCAACAGUUAAAAAGCUGGAGAUUGGCUCUGUAACUCAAAAUGAACGGAGGUUUGUAACCAAGCUGUUGGAAGAUCUGAUUUUCUUUGUUGCUGAUUUGCACAAUAAUGGCCAGGAAGUUUUGGACGUGGUGGUCAUUAAGCCCAACCGAGAGAGGCAAAAAUUAAUGAGGGAACAAAAUAUAUUGGCACAGAUAUUUGGGAUCUUAAAGGCUCCAUUCAAAGACAAAGCAGGAGAAGGAGCCAUGCUGAGACUUGAAGAUCUGGGCGAUCAGAGAUAUGCACCAUACAAAUACAUGCUGAGGCUUUGUUACAGAAUUCUCCGGCAUUCCCAGCAGGACUAUAGGAAAAAUCAGGAAUACAUUGCAAAGAACUUCUGUGUCAUGCAGUCCCAGAUCGGCUAUGACAUCUUGGCAGAGGACACGAUCACAGCUUUGUUGCACAACAACAGGAAGCUGCUGGAGAAACAUAUCACAGCUAAAGAAAUAGAGACGUUUGUGAAUUUACUCAGGAGGAAUCGAGAGCCAAGGUUCUUGGACUAUCUAUCAGACUUGUGUGUUUCCAACACUACGGCAAUCCCAGUCACUCAGGAACUUAUUUGUAAAUACAUGCUGAGUCCAGGAAAUGCCGACAUUCUCAUUCAGACCAAGUUGGUUUCGAUGCAAAUGGACAAUCCCUUGGACUGCUCCAUCCUCUCUGACGAUAUGGAUGAGGAAGAGGUUUGGCUCUACUGGAUUGACAGCAACAAGGAACCUCAUGGUAAAGCCAUCAGGCAUCUUGCUCAAGAAGCUAAGGAAGGCACCAAAACUGAUUUGGAAGUCCUUACCUACUACAGGUAUCAAUUAAACCUCUUUGCAAGGAUGUGCUUGGACCGCCAGUAUCUGGCUAUAAACCAGAUUUCCACACAGCUCUCGGUGGAUCUGAUCCUGCGCUGCAUGUCAGAUGAGAGCCUGCCUUAUGACCUGAGAGCCUCUUUCUGCCGCCUCAUGUUGCAUAUGCAUGUGGACAGAGAUCCUCAGGAGACCGUGGUGCCUGUGAAGUAUGCCAGGCUGUGGACUGAAAUUCCUACCAAGAUCACUAUCCACGAGUAUGAUUCUUUCACAGACUCGUCACGCAAUGACAUGAAGAGGAAAUUCGCUUUGACGAUGGAAUUUGUAGAAGAGUAUUUGAAAGAAGUUGUGAACCAGCCCUUUCCUUUUGGAGACAAAGAGAAAAACAAGCUAACAUUCGAGGUGGUGCACCUGGCUCGCAAUCUCAUAUACUUUGGUUUUUAUAGUUUCAGUGAGCUACUCAGGCUGACCAGAACACUACUGGCUAUCCUUGAUAUUGUACAAGUGCCUAUGUCAUCCUACCUUGAAAGAUUAAGCAAAUUUCAGGAUGGAGGAAACAAUGUUAUGAGAACCAUUCAUGGUGUGGGAGAAAUGAUGACUCAAAUGGUCCUCAGCAGAGGUUCUAUCUUUCCUAUUUCUGCACCUGACAUACCCCCAAGUGUCCACCCAAGCAAACAAGCUAACAUUGUAGAGAGUGAAGAUGUCACUGUGAUGGACACCAAGUUAAAAAUCAUUGAGAUUUUACAGUUCAUUCUUAGUGUUCGACUUGACUACAGAAUAUCCUACAUGCUGUCGAUUUACAAGAAGGAAUUUGGGGAGAGCAAUGAAACUGUUGAUAGUUCUUUAGCAUCUCCACCUGACUCACCAGCUAUUACCUCAGCAGUUGUUCCUGACAUAGAUGAAAUUGCCGCUCAAGCAGAAACUAUGUUUGCUGGCAGAAAAGAAAAAAAUGCAGUGCAGCUGGAUGAUGAAGGGGGAAGGACAUUUUUGCGAGUCCUCAUUCACCUUAUCAUGCACGACUACCCUCCUUUGCUUUCAGGGGCCCUGCAGCUGCUGUUCAAACAUUUCAGCCAACGCCAAGAAGUUUUGCAAGCAUUUAAGCAGGUUCAGCUGCUGGUGUCUAAUCAAGACGUGGACAACUACAAGCAAAUUAAAGCUGACCUCGACCAGUUAAGGCUUACUGUAGAAAAAUCUGAACUUUGGGUUGAAAAGAGCAGCAGUUACGAGAGCGGACAGCUGGGGGAAGGUCAGACGAAAGGAAGUGAUGAGCCCAUCGAGGAAUCAAAUAUGUUAAGUCCUGUCCAGGAUGGAAGUAAGAAACCUCAGAUUGAUUGCAACAAGAGUAACAACUACAAUAUUGUUAUGGAGAUUUUGAUCCGCCUAAGCAGACUCUGCAUCCAGAAUAAAAAAUGUCGAAACCAACAGCAGCGUCUGCUUAAAAAUAUGGGAGCGCACUGUGUGGUAUUGGAUCUUCUGCAGAUACCCUAUGAAAAGAUUGAUGAAAAAAUGAAUGAAAUUAUGAACUUAGCUCACAUGUUUCUUCAGAACUUCUGUCGUGGAAAUCCUCAGAAUCAAGUUCUCCUUCAUAAACACCUCAACUUAUUCUUAACACCUGGUCUUCUGGAGGCUGAAACCAUGCGCCAUAUCUUCACAAACAAUUACCAUCUGUGCAAUGAAAUUAGCGAGCGGGUGGUCCAGCACUUUGUGCACUGCAUCGAAACGCACGGCCGCCAUGUGGAAUAUCUACGCUUCCUGCAAACCAUUGUAAAGGCAGAUGGCAAAUACGUCAAGAAAUGCCAGGAUAUGGUAAUGACAGAGCUAGUCAACGGGGGUGAAGAUGUGCUGGUGUUUUACAACGACAGAGCGUCAUUUCCGAUCCUCCUCCAAAUGAUGUGCUCUGAGCGGGAGCGAGUGGAUGAGAGUGGCCCUUUGGUUUACCACAUCACCCUGGUGGAGCUGCUAGCGGCAUGCACAGAAGGGAAGAAUGUCUACACUGAGAUCAAGUGUAAUUCCCUUCUUCCAUUGGAUGACAUAGUGAGGGUGGUGACUCAUGAUGACUGCAUACCUGAGGUGAAGAUUGCAUACGUGAAUUUUGUCAAUCAUUGCUAUGUGGACACUGAGGUGGAAAUGAAGGAAAUCUACACCAGCAACCACAUCUGGAAGCUGUUUGAGAACUUCCUUGUCGAUAUGGCAAGGGUUUGCAACACCACCACAGACAGAAAGCACGCAGACGUGUCCCUGGAGAAGUAUGUCACUGAACCAGUAAUGAGCAUAGUGAGCGGCUUCUUCAAUUCCCCGUUUUCAGACAACAGCACAAGCCUCCAGACACACCAGCCUGUUUUUAUUCAGUUGCUGCAGUCUGCAUUUAGAAUUUACAACUGCACCUGGCCAAAUCCAGCACAGAAAUCGUCCGUGGAGUCUUGUAUCAAAACUUUAGCUGAAGUCGCAAAGAACCGUGGAAUUGCCAUUCCAGUGGAUUUGGACAGCCAAGUCAAUACGUUGUUCAUGAAGAGUCACUCUAACAUGGUCCAGAGAGCAGCGAUGGGCUGGAGAAUGUCUGCCCGCAGUGGUCCUCGCUUGAAAGAGGCUCUUGGAGGACCAGCCUGGGAUUAUCGGAAUAUCAUUGAAAAACUACAGGAUGUGGUCGCCUCCCUGGAACAGCAAUUCAGCCCUAUGAUGCAGGCUGAAUUUUCAGUGUUGGUUGAUGUAUUGCAUAGCCCUGAGCUUCUGUUUCCUGAGGGGAGCGAUGCUAGAAUCAGAUGUGGGGCUUUCAUGUCAAAGUUGAUAAAUCACACAAAAAGGCUAAUGGAGAAGGAAGAAAAACUCUGUAUUAAAAUUCUCCAGAUUUUACGAGAAAUGCUUGACAAGAAGGACAGCUUUGUGGAAGAGGGUAGCAACUUGAGGAAAAUACUUCUCAAUCGUUAUUUUAAAGGCGACUAUGGAAGCAGCAUCAAUGGUCCUCUCUCCAGCAACUAUGGCAAAAGCACACAAGGAGGAGGUAGCUUUUCAGGACAAGAUUCAGAUAAGUCUGGUGUGUCAAUGCAUGAUAUCCAAUGCCUUCUGGAUAAAGAAGGAGCUUCAGAACUUGUCACAGAUGUUAUUGUCAGUACCAAAAAUGACAGGAUAUUCUCUGAAGCCAUCUCGCUUGGUAUUGCAUUGCUUGAAGAAGGAAACACACAAAUUCAGUAUUCCUUUUAUCAGCAGUUGAAUGAGCAGAAAAAGUCUGAAAAGUUUUUUAAAGUUCUUUAUGAUAGGCUGAAAACAGCACAACAGGAAAUCCGAUCAACAGUCACAGUAAACACAAUUGAUUUGAGCAGCAAGAAGAAGGAUGAUGACAGUGACUUGACCAUAUCAGUUCCAAAAAAGAGAGUAAGAGACUCAAAUCUGCAUCUGAAAGAAGGAAUGAAAGGCCAAUUAACAGAAGCCUCCACAGCAACAUCCAAAGCUUACUGUGUGUACCGCAGAGAAAUGGACCCAGAAAUUGAUCUCAUGAGUGCAGGAACAGAUGCAGGAAAUGCAGAGGAAAAAUCUGCAGAAGAAAUGACCAUGAGCGCAGCCAUUGUUAUCAUGCAACCAAUACUGAGGUUUCUUCAAUUAUUAUGUGAGAAUCACAAUCGAGAACUCCAGAACUUUUUAAGAAAUCAAAACAACAAGACCAACUACAAUCUAGUAUGUGAGACACUUCAGUUUUUGGAUUGUAUUUGUGGAAGUACAACAGGUGGUCUAGGACUUUUGGGCCUGUACAUCAAUGAGAAGAACGUAGCUUUGGUGAACCAAACACUCGAAAGCUUGACUGAAUAUUGCCAAGGCCCAUGCCAUGAAAAUCAGUCCUGCAUAGCUACACAUGAGUCCAAUGGCAUAGACAUUAUCAUUGCUCUGAUCCUAAAUGAUAUCAACCCUCUUGGAAAAUAUCGUAUGGACCUCGUGCUGCAACUGAAGAAUAAUGCCUCCAAGCUUUUGCUGGCUAUUAUGGAAAGCAGGCAUGACAGUGAGAACGCUGAAAGAAUCCUUUUCAACAUGAGACCAAGAGAGCUGGUGGAUGUAAUGAAGAAUGCAUACAAUCAGGGUCUUGAGAGUGAUCAUGAGGAGGAAAAUGGAGGAGACGACAGUAUUUCGCCAAAAGAUGUUGGACAUAAUAUUUAUAUAUUAGCUCAUCAGUUGGCUCGUCACAAUAAAAUAUUGCAGCACAUGCUGAAGCCUGGGGCUGAUCCGGAAGAAGGAGAUGACGCUUUGAAGCACUACGCCAAUCACACAGCACAGAUUGAGAUUGUCCGUCACGAUAGAACUAUGGAACAAAUAGUCUUCCCUGUGCCAAAUAUCUGUGAAUUCUUGACGCAUGAAUCCAAGUACCGUGUGUUCAAUACUACCGAGAGAGAUGAACAAGGAAGCAAAGUGAAUGACUUCUUCCAACAGGCUGAAGAUCUGUACAAUGAAAUGAAGUGGCAAAAGAAAAUCAGGAAUAAUCCAGCUCUGUUCUGGUUCUCCCGGCACAUUUCCCUUUGGGGAAGUAUAUCAUUCAAUCUGGCUGUUUUCAUCAAUCUAGCAGUAGCUCUUUUCUAUCCAUUUGGAGAUGAUGGCGAUGAAGGCACACUUUCUCCAUUAUUUUCAGUUCUCCUUUGGAUAGCAGUGGCCAUCUGCACAUCUCUGCUUUUCUUCUUCCCUAAACCUGUGGGCAUUCGCCCAUUUCUGGUGUCUGUAAUGCUCAGGUCCAUAUAUACUAUUGGCCUCGGUCCUACACUCAUCCUUCUUGGUGCUGCUAAUCUUUGUAACAAGAUUGUGUUUUUGGUGAGCUUCGUGGGGAAUCGUGGCACAUUUACCCGUGGCUACAGAGCUGUCAUCAUGGAUAUGGCGUUUCUCUACCAUGUUGCCUAUGUCCUUGUCUGCAUGCUGGGCCUUUGUGUGCAUGAAUUCUUUUAUAGCUUCCUGUUAUUUGACUUGGUGUAUAGAGAGGAGACUUUAUUGAAUGUUAUUAAAAGUGUUACACGGAAUGGGCGCUCCAUUAUCCUGACUGCAGUGCUAGCUCUCAUCCUUGUCUAUCUCUUCUCCAUUGUUGGGUUCUUGUUCUUGAAAGAUGACUUCAUUAUGGAGGUGGAAAGACUGAAAAACCGAACACCUGUUGCAGACAGUGCCGCAGUCCCUUCCACAAGCUUAACAGCAAUGAUGGAAACAUGUUCGAAUGAGAACUGUAGUACUACAAUACCAGCUAUAAAAUCAGGUGAAGAAACAGAUGAGGAUGGGAUUGAAAGGACAUGCGAUACUUUGCUAAUGUGUAUUGUGACAGUAUUGAACCAAGGCCUGAGGAACGGUGGUGGAGUUGGAGAUGUGCUCCGAAAGCCUUCCAAAGAUGAGCCCCUCUUUGCUGCUCGCGUUGUUUAUGACCUCCUGUUUUAUUUCAUUGUCAUAAUUAUUGUCCUGAACCUCAUCUUUGGAGUCAUCAUUGAUACGUUUGCAGAUCUCAGAAGCGAAAAGCAGAAAAAAGAGGAAAUCUUAAAGACAACAUGUUUCAUCUGUGGGCUUGAGCGAGAUAAAUUUGAUAACAAGACAGUUUCGUUUGAGGAGCACAUCAAGUCGGAACACAACAUGUGGCACUAUUUGUACUUUAUCGUUCUGGUCAGAGUGAAAGACCCGACGGAAUACACUGGUCCCGAAAGUUAUGUGGCUCAAAUGAUUGCGGAAAAGAAUUUAGAUUGGUUCCCUCGGAUGAGAGCCAUGUCCUUGGUCAGUAAUGAAGGAGACAAUGAGCAGAAUGAGAUCAGAAACCUGCAAGAGAGAUUGGAGUCCACCAUGAGCCUCGUCAAGCAACUCUCCGGUCAAUUAGCUGAGCUUAAAGAACAGAUGACAGAACAAAGGAAAAACAAGCAGAGGCUGGGCUUUCUUGGAUCAAACGCGCCCCAUGUGAACCAUCACAUGCCACCGCACUGAUACCAUGGGGGUGUGUGGGGGGAAGCCGUGACUAGCCUUUCAUCAGUAUUCUCGCUUGAUUACGGAAUGAAAAAGCCGAGAUUGGGAGUGCUGAACAGAGCCUAUUGUUACAAAGUUGCAAACAACUGAGUGCAAGGAUGUUAAGUGGUUUAGCUCUGGGAACAAUUUGUAACUGUUUUUUCACGGUUGAAAGGGGGCCACGGGCUUAAACGUUACAGAUAAUGGGGGUGGGGGCACUUUCCUCAAGCAAAAAAGAGAAAAAAGGUGUCCUCAGUUUACACCCCCUUGUAAUUCAAUUGGCUUCUUUGGGGGCUGCUGGCAGAUGCAAAGACACGACAGGAUUUGGCUCUGCUAUUUUGAAUGCCAUCGUAAGAAUCCUUGUAAAACUAAUGGAGCAACCAAGGAACAGAGGGAAUAGUUUAUUAACACAGAAUGCAACAGCCUUAUUCAGAAUCUGUAGAAGGUCUUUGUUGUCGCGUUUGCUGGCCAGCAUCAUUUGUCAUGUUUGCUUGGCAUUUGCUCUCUUUUUUUCUUUUUGGUUAAUUACCAUAAAUAUGUCAUUGGAGAAAGCAAUAAUGUUACAGCAAGUUAAUUUGCAUUGGAAGACGAACAAAAGCAUCCUCAAAAAAGAAUUGUUAUCUUUUCUUUUUAAAAGAGAGGUUGCAAAGACAAGUUCUAAUGCUAAGAGAAUUUUAGCUGUCAGCUGUGCAAUUCCUUAUUUAUAAAAUAGAGCACAAUGGGUCUGCAGCUGGGAGAACUUGAAAUUUAUGCACAUAACCACUGACAACAUUAACUGGAAGGGAUUUCUUUACUCCUGGAUCUCUGUGUUCUCUAUUAAUGUGGCUGCAUGUGGAGAUUUCACCUAAUAGUUGUCUUUAACUGGGUUUUUUAAAAUAAUAAUAAAAAAAAACAUUCCAAGGAGACAGUUGAGAAGAAAAAUAGAUAUUUUACAGCUAAUAUUUGAGAUUAAUUUCAGGGGCUCAACAGCUUUGAGAAGACUGUCUAGAAAGAAUUAUAAUUGUAUCAUUACUGACCAUAAGCCACACAGAUAAGCGAUAUGUCUCUCUUAACAGUUUCUUGGUGAUAUGUUCCUCACAUAAGAUCCCCCAUUGAACUUCCACUGACACAGGAAUGGACUAUUUCAUUAUUACCCAUCUUCUCAUCCACCAGACUGGCCAUCACUGAAGACAGCACCUGUGUUAGUCAGAAUAUUGACUCAGCAAUGCCGUUCUUACGACUCCAGUGUUAGGAGGGAUAACAACUCUGGGUUCUGAUUCACAAUCAGGGCUAUGCCGUCUAUACAUCAAAUAUUUUGGGUUUUUUACUCAAUGGGAGUGAAAUGCACACAGUUCAGGCUAAUUUUCUGCAAAUUUUGGUCUUCCCUAAAUGCCUGCCUCUGGUUUAAGCUUUUUAAUACAAAUGCUGAUGAAGAAUUGUAAAAGGUAUUUGUGAUAUUCUUUAUCCAAGUAACAAUAGCUAGUCCUGAUUACAUAUAUUAGCCAUACUGGAAAGUUUGAAGAGAGUAGUUGCACGUUACUUCUUUAAAAUAAAAAUCAGAAGCCAUCAAUGUA